AUGGUCAGAUUCACAACAUAUUUCAACGUCGCAUACUGUAUCAUGCUCAUCCCUUCACAAAUCAUCCUCACAUACGUGCGCCCAAGCUAUUGGCUACCCGGGUUGGAGAUAGUAUGGGGCGUCUUGACCGGCCUGAUUGCCAUGUGCAGCAACGCGAAACAGGUCUACGUACUGCGUGUCUUCCUGGGUCUAUGUGAAAGUAGCGCAUGGCCAGGAAUGAUGACGCUUUUCAUGUACUGGUACACGCCCACCGAGCUUGCCAAGCGAAUGGGCUUCUAUCACUCCUGCCAAGCUGUCGGGCAAAUGCUGUCUGGAGCCAUGCAGGCAGCGAUCUCCGACACGCUGAACGGUUACGCUGGACUCGCCGGGUGGCGCUGGCUCUUUGUGAUCAAUGCGAUCAUCACGGUCAUCUGGGGAUUCGCGGGAUUCUUCAUGAUCCCCGAUCUGCCCAACAGACCAAACCCGCGCGCGUUCUGGUUUAAAAAGGUGCAUGGCGAGAUUUCGCUGGAACGACUUGCUCGAAAUGGUCGCGCCGAACCUAAGCGCAUGACUUGGGCCGGUGUUAAGCGUACAUUCUCUGGAUGGGUGGUGUACUUCAUCUCCAUUCUUUAUAUUGCAACCGUGCUUGGAACCUACGGAUACGUUUACUUCUCGCUGUUCCUCAAGUCGCUCAAGAACCCUGAUGGAAGCUCCCGUUGGAGCGUGACUCAGGUCAACGCUAUUCCGAUCGGAGGAUCGGCAAUCAACGUGGUGUUCGUCUGGAUCUGGGCUCUUUUGUCUGACGUGCUGGAGACGCGAUGGACAUUGAUUGUGCUUCAGGCGGUGAUUGGAAUCAUUCCCUGCAUUAUCAUGAGCGCGUGGACCGCGAACCCGGCUUCGGUGGCCCUAUCGGCUGCAUAUGCAUCAUAUUUCAUAUCGUACAUUUGCCUUGGAACGGCACCGCUCAUCUUCGCAUGGUUGUCGGAUCUGAUUCCCCAAGAUCCCGAGGCACGUUCACUCGCUGUCGGUGUGGCUGUUGCCGGGUACUACUCCAUCUCGGCCUGGUCACAAGUGCUCGUCUGGCCUGCAUCGCAGGCCCCGUAUUACAAGUACGGAUGGCAGUCUGCACUGGCACUCUUAGUGCUUGUCAUCAUCAUGACGAGUAUUCUUAGAUUUGUGGAUGUGCGCUAUCUGCUGCCCAAGCGUGAGCAGUUCCGUGCUGUGAUCGAAGACGACAUCGCUGCCACCAAGGCGAACUCAUCUGCGAUUCCCACUCUUCCCGACGAUGAUACCGAGCGUGACGGGGGAAGUUCGAAAGUCACACAUACCGCGAGGGUCAACGAAGUUCACGGGAAUUGCUAA